ACGUGUGUUCAGUGGAAGAGAAACUUAAGUGUAGUUGAGCAGUUGUGUGCUUGUGUCUCUGUAUUCUUGCAGUAAAAUGGCAGAAGCCAGAGUUUCUCAGGAUGAGUUCUUGUGUCCAGUGUGUCUGGAUCUCCUGAAGGAUCCAGUGGCCAUUCCCUGUGGACACAGUUACUGUAAGAGCUGUAUUACAGACUGCUGGGAUCAGGAGGAUCAGAAGAGAGUCUACAGCUGCCCUCAGUGCAGACAGACCUUCAGUCCAAGACCUGCUUUAUCUAGAAACACCAUGCUGACUGAAGUGGUGGAGAAACUGAAGAAGACCAGACUCUCUGCUGACUGUGACGCUGGAGCUGGAGAUGUGCAGUGUGACGUCUGUACUGGAAGAAAAUACAAAGCUGUCAAGUCCUGUCUGAUGUGUCUGAACUCUUACUGUCAGAAUCACCUCGAACAACAUGAGAGUUUGUUUAGAGGAAAGAAGCACAAUCUGACGGAAGCCACUGGACGACUGCAGGAGAUGAUCUGCCAGAAACAUGAGAAGCUCCUUGAGGUUUUCUGUCGCACUGAUCAGAAAUGUAUAUGUUUGCUGUGUAUGAUGGAUGAACAUAAAAACCACGACACUGUAUCAGCUGCAGCACAGAGGACAGAGAAACAGCAGCUGAAGGAGACGCAGAAGACGUUCCAGCAGAAAAUCCAGCAGAGAGAGAAAGAUCUCCAGCAGCUGAGAGAGACUGUGGAGUCUCAUAAGCGCUCUGCACAGACAGCAGUGGAGGACAGUGAGAGGAUCUUUACUGAGCUCAUCCGCUCCAUUGAGAGAAGCCGCUCUGAGCUGAUACGACUGAUCACAGAUCAGGAAAAGACUGCAGUGAGUCGAGCUGAAGGACGACUGGAGCGACUGGAGCAGGAGAUCAAUGAUCUGAGGAGGAGAGACGCUGAGCUGGAGCAGCUUUCACACACACAGGAUCACAUCCAGUUCCUGCAGAGUUUCCAGUCUCUCUCAGCACCUCCUGAAUCUACAGACGUAAAUGAUAAUCCCUUCAUAUCUCUCUUCUCUUCUGAUGGCCUGAGAGAAUCUGUCCGUCAGCUGAGAGACAAACUGGAGGAUUUCUGUAAAGAGGAGCUCAAGAAGACCUCAGACAGAGGUAAAGUCCUGGAGAUUCAUCUGCUCUCAGAAAUGAGUCCAUCAUCCAGGAAGAACUUCCUACAAUAUUCCCAUCAACUCACUCUGGAUCUGAACACUGUGAAUAAUUACCUCCGUCUGUCUGAGAGAAACAGAGUGAUUACAUACACUGUCACAGAUCAGUCAUAUCCUGAUCAUCCAGACAGAUUUAAUUGUAUGUCUCAGGUGUUUUGUAGAGAGGAUGUUUGGGGACGCUGUUACUGGGAGAUUGAGUGGAGUGGAGAUGUGUUUAUAUCAGUGUCUUAUAAGAGCAUCAGCAGGAAGGGACGGGGUGUUGAUUGUUUGUUUGGAUAUAAUGAUCAGUCCUGGAGUUUGUUCUGCACUCCCUCCAGAUACUCAUACAGACACAAUAAGAUGCAAACUCGUCUCCCUGUGAAGCACAUCAUCAGUAGAAUAGGAGUGUUUGUGGAUCACAGUGCAGGAACUCUGUCCUUCUACAGCGUCUCUGACACAAUGAGUCUCAUCCACACAGUCCAGACCACAUUCACUCAGCCACUCUAUCCUGGGUUUUGGGUUGGUUCUGGAUCAUCAGUGAAACUGUGUUGAUGAAUCAGAAUAGACUGACGAGAGAUGAACCAACAGUGAGUCUCUUCUCUUCUUUUCUCUUCAUGACAUCAAUACUGCAGGUGAACUUCUGUCAAUGAAAUAACUUGUCAGAAUAUGUGUGUGUAAUAAAUCCUAAUAUAGACAGUAA